GUCACGGUGGAGUACAGAGACAACACGGGAGCCAUGGAGCCUCUGCGCGUGCACACCGUGGUCAUCUCGGUGCAGCACGGCCCGGACAUCACGCUGCAGGAGAUCAGACACAACCUGAUGGAGAAGGUGGUGAAGGUCGUCAUUCCCGCCAGAUACCUGGACGAUAAGACCAUCUACCACCUGCUGCCGAGCGGGAAAUUCCUGAUGGGAGGCCCACAGGGCGACGCGGGACUCACGGGGCGUAAAAUCAUCGUGGACACAUACGGAGGAUGGGGAGGGCACGGAGGAGGGGCUUUCUCCGGGAAAGACUACUCCAAAGUGGAUCGGUCCGGAGCUUAUGCGGCACGCUGGGUGGCAAAAUCUUUGGUCAAAGCCGGACUGUGCAGGAGAGCCCUCGUUCAGGUGAGGACGUUCAUACAGACGCACCUCUGCUCGCUCCGUCAUUAA